GGGCAUCGAGUCAACUGGCGGAACAGCGGGCAUCGAGUCAACUGGCGGAACAGCGGGCAGUCAACUGGCGGAACAGCGGGCACCGAGUCGUCUGGCAAGACUGCGGGCACCGAGUCGUCUGGCAAGACUGCGGGCACCGAGUCGUCUGGCAAGACUGCGGGCACCGAGUCGCCUGGCAAGACUGCGGGCACCGAGUCGUCUGGCAAGACAGUGGGCUCCGAGUCAACAGGCACGACAGUGGGCACCGGGUCAUCAGGUAUCGGAUUGUCUGGCUCGACAGCGGGCAUUGGGUCCCCAGGCAUCAGGUCAUUUGGCUUGCCAGCGGGCAUCGCGUCAUCUGGCAAGGCAGUGGGCACCGGGUCACCAGGUAUGACAGCGGGCUCUGAGUCAAUUGGCACGACAGCGGGCACUGGAUCAGGUACCGGAUCAUCUGGAUCAACAGCGGGCAUCGAGUCAACUGGC